GUGGGGGUCCAAAAGGUCCUCAACACCAGGCAUGAAAAUAGAAGUGAAACCUGACUGGAGAAUAUAGUUUUGGUUAUUAUAAAAGUUUUAAAAAUCUUUACCCGUUUGGCUCCGUGUGUCAGCUACCUGAACAGCACCAUGUUUAUCUCCUCAGAUAACUCGCCGCCCUGUUUCAAAGAUUUCACCCUCGUCAUGCCAGCCGUGGCUGUCGGUAAUGUGGGUCAGCUGGCAGUGGACCUCAUCGUGUCCACUCUCAACAUGAAUCGAGUGGGCUACAUACACACAGACUGUCUCAUCCCGAUGGCUGGGAACAACCCAUACGCCACCUGCAAAGAAGAUGCUGAGGAGCUGCACACCCCUGCAGAAGUUUAUACAGCACCAGAACUGAAGUUGGCAGUUCUUCAGAUCAGAGCGCCAAUUAUUCAGACAAAAUCCAAAAAGUUUCGUCAGUUGGUCGUGUCUUGGAUCAAAUCCAGCGGGUUCUCCAGGACUGUAAUUCUGUCCAGUAGUCAUGCCUACCAGAGAGAUGACCGACAGCUGGAAGGCACUUCUUUGAGGUACCUGGUCACUCCCUCCCUGCUGAAGGUGAGUGCAGAUGCUUUGAAGGAGCUGGGCUGGAAGGAGAUGGAGCUCGUGUCAGCUUUCCCAGGACUGACAGAUGCCAACACAGAACCACGCCUCUGCAUACCUGGAGGGGGCAUCACCAAAGGACUCUACACAGACAGUUGUUCGGAGGAUCUUCCUCUGGCUGUGCUGCUGCUCUUCUGUUCAGAAGGGGACAACAUCCCAGACGCCUUCACCCUUGUCAAUCACCUCAACGACUGGCUCCAUCUGCUGGACAACCCUAGCCAAGAGCCCAACAAAUGGAAGAUCCCAACCUCCUGGAGUCUUCUUUUUGGCAGUGGCAUCCCUCCUGCACUAUUCUGAAACACAUAUAUUUAGUUUUUGCUAUUUUUAGCUUAUAAUUAACAUGACACCAAUGCAUUUUUCAGACCUUGGUGAAUUAUUGGCUGGGGUCACAUCUGCUUAGUGAGGAGUUUUUGUGUUAGAUACUGGACACUGUCUGAUGUAAAACAGUGAAUUAUAUUGAGUUUACCUGGUCUGGACCAAUAACUUGGCAAUCCCAUAAGAACCUUCCUACUCUUGGAAAUUUAGAGCAGUUUUCUUUGUUUUGAUCAUUUUCAGAUGGACAAAUAUUACAUUAUGGGCUUGACCCAAACGUGCACUUCAUUGCUGUUUCCUGGUAUUGCAGAAUUUGAAUGUUUUUUCCAAUAAAAGAUUGUUCAAAGAA